UUGUUCGACUUUAAUCAAUGGCGGCCGUUACGAAUGGAAAUGGUUUGUGUGGUGGUUGAUGAAGAUCGAAAGUUUAUCAACAUAAUCUUAGUUUUUCCAUUGGAGCUGGAUGCCUACAAUUGUUUUUAAUGAAAGUAUACAUAUACUUGAUCUCGUUAUCAAUUUAAUAUAGAUGCUCAGCUCGAUUGGAGUAGUAAUCUAACAAUACUUUUGUUCAGCAGAAGACCAACUCACCGAGUAAUCCAGUCAUGGGUGAAAGGGAAGGAGAUGCCGCUACCAUGGCCGGACCUUACACCUUCCGUGGCAUGGACUACGUGGUCAGCAUGUGGCUGGACGAGGACAACGACACACUGACCGUUGAGGUUGAGGACAGACUGACCGCUGACCAGUGGCGGGGGACAUUUGACGCGGCCUAUAUUGAAGACUUGACACACAAGACAGGAAACUUCAAGCAGUUUUCCAUUUUCACCAGCAUGUUGGAGUCUGCCAUCAACAAGACCAGCGAAUCGGUGACCCUUGACCUGUUGACCUACGCUGACCUGGAGACGCUGAGAAGCAGGAAGGCAGGCGGUGUGCGGAGUAGCAUCCCUGGGGCUCAGAAAGUUUCCCUGAGUGCCAAGAGAUACCUCAUUGUCACAUACACGGUGGAAUUUGAUAGGAUCCACUACCCCUUGCCGUUACCUUACCAAGGAAAGCCUGAUCCUGUGGCUCUACAAGAAACAGUCCGAGAACUCAAGAGAGAAGUCAGGAGGUUACAGUCUCAGGUACAUUCUGAUUACAGGAGUAAUGAGCUACAGAGAUUGAAAAAGGAUUACGAAGAACUCCUGAAAGAAAAGCAGAACCUGGACGACGAGUUUCUUCAGUACCGCCGCGAGGUCAAGAACACGACUAAGGGCAGUGCUGCCAAGGAGGUCCGCGUCUUGAAGACGGUCAUCAGGAAUCUUGAGGAGGAACUCAUGAAUGAGAGGAGGAAGUUCCAGAGGUCUGCUAGCAAGAGGAAUCAAGAUUACAAGAACUUGAUAGAAGAGGUUGAAGAGCUAAGAGCCAGUGAGAGAAAUCUGAGGGUACGAGUCAAGAGUCUGGUCAAUGAGCUAGCUGUCUUGAAAAGCUCCUCAAGACGAGUGAGCAGGUCUCCCACCAUCCCCCUUCCCUCCUCCCAAGGCACAGCCUCCAGACGAUCCCUGGGUACCCAGGAGAGAGCAAGGCUGGCUGGCCGUGAUGCCAGCAGGGAGAGGGCCAGGCUGAGUAGCAGGGAGAGGGCAGCAUCUAGGGAGAGGAGAAGACCGGCAUCGGUGUCGUCCAUGGGGAGUAGGUCUCCAUCGCCUGCAGGAGCGAGAGUUCCGAGGUUCGAUCCCACUGCUUACAAUCAGGAGAAGAAACGUCAACAAGACGAGGCCAAAGCAAGGAGGGAGAGGCGUCGAAGUCGAACCUUGUCCAGUGGUUCACAGCCGUCCCGAUCCCAGGAACGAGGAAGAACAAGAACAAGACCGUCACCAUCUUAUCCAGCUUAUCAACGUCCACGAUCAAGGAGUAAUUCAUCCGUUGGUAGUCGAGGCAGCCGUGUAUCGACCAGCGGCCUGAGUGACAUUGACGCAUUCCCUGACUCAUCCCAGAAAAGGACAAGAGUGCUCAACAAUGUCAGAAAACAGCGUAGGACGGUAUCAACUGCAUGGAACAGCCCCAAUGCGGGUUUCAGGAGAGCGGGGUCAACAGGCAAACCAAAAAGGAUGAUGAGUACACCGGACCCAUACCUCAAUCCUGACAGGGCGCAUCGUGUGGCCAACCAAGUCAAGGUCAGGCAGAAAGACCUCCAGGACUAUGGUGUCAGAGAUCAGUCCAUGGGUAUGUACAACCGUUCAUCAGAGAUGUCGGAGAUAGAUGCUCGUCUCAGCGCCCUACAAAAACUGAUGAGUAAUAUACCCAAAUAGUAUCAUUUUGACUCUAAUCUAUUUUCUAUACAGUCAUUCAGGGUUUGGGGUUGGUGGAUGCAAAUGUUUUUCAGAGUUUUUUUUGUGGGGGGGGGGGAUUUUUCAAAGUAUGAGUAAUAGAAAUGAAAAACUUGUUGAUUCAUUUCAUGAAAUCCUUUUCAAUUCCAAUAAAGGAUGUUCAUUGCAAGUUACUCUUGUAAAUUUACAACAAAAUUUGGCCUAAAAAGACAGCUUUUAAAAUAAACUUGGUAGCUUUUGAUAUUUUUUUAACCACGUUUUAAUUUAAAAAACUGACAUUUCGUUGUCAGGAGAUAUCCACAACCACCUUGUAUCUUUAUGGGUAUUUUUAUGCAUAUAGUGUAAAUAUCUAGUGUAAAUAUGUAAAAAAUGAUACGACUGACAUUAAGAAUUUGUACAGUGGAGUGAAACGUAGAGCAGGUUUUAUUUUAUAUCAAAAAAAUCAUUCCAGGGAUUCUCUCACUUUUGACAAAAAUUUAUAAAUCCAGUGUUAGGAAAACCUAUGCAGUUCUCUCUAACACCAACUGAAAUAUAAAAAUAGCGGGCAGUAGUGAAAGCAAUGUAUUUAUUAAAGAUAGAAAAUCAUAAGACUGAAACAAACAGUAUCAAUAGCUAUGGUAGGUACAACUUUUUGUGUGUUGCAUAUUUUUACCAAUUUCUACAGAUUGUUUGGUGAGGCUGUCACGAAUAUACUGAAUAUUUUGAUCAUCAUUCGAAUAUUCGAAUAGUUUUUGCCAGUUUGAAUAUUCGAAAAGAGAACACAUUGCACCUGCGCACAGUCAUUUCAAUCGUAAAGUUGCGUUUUUAUUGUCAGAUGAUAAUAAAAAUGGU